GAUACAUUGUUCGUUUUGCUAUUUUUAAGGAAUUGCAAAAGUUCCAAAGAUCUAUAAGAUCAUGCAAAGACAGAGAUUAAAAGACUGUUAAAAUGCAGAAAACUACUCCCAAGAAGAAAGCGGAUUUGAAGAUAGUCAUAUUAGGGGAAUCAAGUGUUGGAAAAACAUCUCUUAUACAAAGAUAUAUAGACAGAGUUUUCACUGAAGACCAGAUAAGUACAAUAGGAGCAUCAUUUUUCCUGAAGCAAUGGGGACCUUAUAAUGUAGCUAUAUGGGAUACAGCUGGGGAAGAGAAGUAUUCUGGGCUGUCUUCGUUUUAUUGCCGAGGGGCUGCAGCUGCAAUAAUAGCCUAUGACAUURCUGAUGGACAAUCCUUCAGUGUUUUACAAAAUAGACAUUUGCAUCUUCUACAAACAGCAGAACCAAACUGUCUUGUUGUCAUAGUGGGRACUAAAUUAGAUUUAGUUACGAAGGAAAACAGAGGAGUUAGCAAAGAAGCUGGCCAAGAACUGGCUAAAAGACAGAAUGAAAACAAGCAUCGACCACUAGAAAGUUUAACUGAAAUUCCAUUCUUUGAGACAAGCUCCAAGACAGGGCACAAUGUUGACAAAGUGUUUCAAUAUAUUUUAGAAAACUGUCUGCCAUUGAAAGACCAGGCUACAGCAAAACAGUAUCUCAGAAAAUCCUCUGGCAUAGAAUUGGAGGCAUCAAAUGCUGCUUCUAGUAAGGGGGGUAAUUCUGGCAGAAAAUGCUGUCAUUAAGUAUACCUUACAUUUACUCACCAUUCAAAGGUUGAGGUGUGUAUUCUCCCCCACCCCCCCUUAAUACAGUCCAUCAAUGGACAUUCUGCAAUGACGACUCGACCCAUUUUUCCUGUCAAUCUUGCCCUAGGUUUUAUAGCAUUGAUGUUAAAGGGCAAAUGGGAAAUGAAAUAUCUUGUCAUGAAUGUACAUAUAUUUCAUUAUUCCUGUCCUACA